CAAUCAGUUAAAAAAAUCCCCUUGAGAAUUCAACGCCCCCAAGAUCCCCAUUUCGUCCAGCAAAUCCAGAAUCACCAUUCUUCUCCCAGACACAAGAGGGAGAAGAAACUCCGUUCAGAAAUGGGGGCUCUUCUCAAGCUCGUUGACGCGAUACUAUUCCUCUUCUUCAUCGUACUCGCACUGGCGCCUCCUCUAAUCGAUUUCCAGCUUCUUCUUCCUCGAACCCUAUUCCCCAAUUUUGUCGUCGAUCUCAAAAGCUGGUACAUCCGCCAAUCGGGGGAUUAUCUGAUGAGUGAGCCACCGCACUUCUUCGCCGGCCUCGUUUGCUUCGAGCUCCUCUUUCAAUGGCCCGUCACGCUUCUCAAUCUCUACGCCUUCUUGGCUGCCAAGCCAUGGUUCAACACCACUUGCUUGAUCUAUGGUGUCUCUGUUUUGGCUUCCAUGUCUGCUAUAAUGGGUGAAAUGGUUGGGUCGAACCGGGCAUCUAAUACUUUGUUGACGAUAUACUUCCCCUUCUUCGGUUUGGGAGCUUUGGCUACACUACGCGGGCUCGUGGCCUGCUCGAACAAGGCUAACAUCAUUGGUGCUGGACAGUCAAAUGUCAGGAAAAAAAGGGCUUAAUGUGCCAUCCUAGAUUUCUCCAAGUGUCUGUAUCAUCUUUUCUGUAAGCAUUUUUGCUUAGUAUUGACCGAGCAUGUUAGUUCUUUAGGUGUUUAUGCAAUUCUUGUUAUGGAUCAUUUAGUGUUUUGCGAUGAUGGUGAAAUGGUUGUUUGAUCAUUGUAUCAGUAGUAAUGGUUCAAAGGGACCAUUUUUGAGUAUUUAGAAUAAGGUCGAUGAGCUUAAGUUUUUGAGAACGGAGGGCAAAAUUGACUAAAAACUGGUUGAAUUGUUCAAGAUUGACUUGAUUCAAAUACUUUCGGUUUAUAAAUUAUGUUAAACUGAUUCGAACAA